AGUGCCUGAUUGGACGAUGGGCUUUACCUCUAGGACUGAUAAGAGGUGACUUUAUUGGGCUCAUUAUGUUGGACUUGUACCUCAAGGAAGCCGGAGUCUCUACAUCUCAGGUUAGGGGACCCCUGCCUAUAUCUAUAUAUAUACCCUUAUGUUACUAUGCAUCUAAUGAUAUAUAGGGGCAUCUAUAUGUACUAGAGACAAAGCAAUAAUCAUUCUGUACCGUUUCUACCUUGGCCAUAUGGGGGAGGGGCAAAAUGUCUACGGACAUGCAAUAUCCAUGAAUAUAGAUAUAUACCCCCAGCGCUCUCUAAUCCUUGUGCUUCUAUGCAGGAUUUUUGUAGCCAAUAAAUGCGCCCGAUCAGCGUCGAAGGACGGGAAAUGGUUCUUGUAAAGGGGAAGUAAAAUAUUGGGCCCUUAUAUCUCAUUAAGCCAAGGGCUGUGCUGUGAUUCCAUUUCAACCACUAAACCUUUAUCUAUGGCAGGAACCAAAGGGUGGCGCUGUUCUGCACAGCCUUAUGGGAAGAAAAGGCCUCUGAGUGAAAAAGAUGAGGAACUGAAGACUAAAGUUUACCUGGAAAUGGCCUGGAACGAUCAGCGACUCUCGUGGGACCCCAAACAAUACGGGGGCAUUGAGUCCCUGAGAAUCUCAUCCUCCCAGGUCUGGACCCCCGAUAUUGUUCUGAUGAAUAAUAACGACGGCAAUUUCAACUUUGCUCUACAAGUGGAUGUUCUGGUCUCCCCCAAUGGCAAUGUCACGUGGCACCCCCCCGGCCUGUAUGUCAGCAGCUGCAGCAUUGAGGUACAGUACUACCCAUUUGACUGGCAGAACUGCAGCAUGGUAUUCCGCUCAUACACCUAUGGGGCUGAUGAGGUGACCCUGGUACAUCCCAAAGAUGCCAAUGGCAAAGAAGUGACCCAGGCUGUGAUCUUCCCCAACACCUUUGAGGAGAAUGGUCAGUGGGUUAUUCGCCACCGCUCGUCCCGCAAGAACUCCAGCCCCAACGACCCACUAUACGAGGACAUCACCUUCUACCUGGUCAUUCAACGCAAGCCCCUCUUCUACAUUGUCAACGUCAUCGUGCCCUGCAUCCUCAUCACUAUCCUGGCCAUAUUUGUCUUCUACCUUCCACCAGAUGCAGGUGAGAAGAUGACCCUGUCCAUAUUCGCUCUCCUCACACUGACUGUCUUCCUGCUGCUUCUGGCUGAUAAAGUCCCCGAGACGUCUCUGGGGGUCCCCAUCAUUGUCAACUACCUCAUAUUCACAAUGACCCUCGUCACCUUCUCCGUCAUCUUCAGUGUGGUGGUCCUGAAUCUUCAUCACCGUUCCCCCAACACCCACCACAUGCCCCAAUGGGUCAAACAGAUCUUCAUCCACUACCUGCCCAAAUACCUGUGCAUUCGCCGACCCAAACCAGAGACUCCUCUACCUGUGGCUCCUCCCCCCCGGCAAGUCACAUCCACCCGCCAUGCUGAUGAGUAUUUCAUACGUAGGCCGGAAAAUGACUUCUUCCUCCCCAAACAAGAAAGGUACCACGCAGACCCUUUCUCACGGGAUAUGAAAUGGUUUUUGGAGGGUCCCAGUUUGGGUCUGGUUCUUCCCCGGGAUCUCCAGUCUGCAGUGACUGCCAUCAGGUACCUGGCACAGCAGCUACAGGAGCAAGAGGACUAUGAUACUCUGAAGGAAGACUGGCAGUACGUGGCAAUGGUUGUUGACCGACUCUUCCUCUGGACUUUCAUUGCCUUCACCAGCCUGGGGACCCUCAGUAUCUUCCUGGAUGCCAACUUCAACCUGCCCCCCGAUACCCCAUUCCCCUGAACCCCAACCCCUCAAUUUCUAUUCAUUGUUCCAAACACAGCAGCCUCUGCCCCUUGUGUGGCCCCAACUCCUCCCAUCAUUCCUUGUGGCCUUGCUUUUUGGUUUUGCUGCAAUAAAUCUCUUUGU